ACUGGCCCUGGCGCCCCGGGUUGGAGUAGGCGUUCCCAACGCAGGCCCAGCCCCGGCCGAGGCUCCAAAUGGCUCUCCCGGCGGGCAGGCUCCUGCAGUAACCCUUGAGCUGGCUCAGGGAGCGCACUUCUUUCUCAGCCAGCGCGUCGCCCCCUGCAUCCGUGGCCUCCACCGGAGCUGGGCAGGAGCCUACCCAGUGAAUCUGGAGAAAACAAACUUGGGAGACAGACGAAAGCUUAGGGCACAUUGGAGGACAGCGCAGCUGUGGCUCCCAUUUUUGGAGAUGCAGUCGAAUUUGAGCUCACAGGGAGGUGUGGUUGCCUCCUGGGGAUGGAAAAGCUUCCUUUCUCCACCUCUGUAACUGGUGCUUCUGAGAAGUAAAUGGUAUUUGGAUCCUGACCUCAGACGCGAAUUUGGGUCUUCUGUGCUUAGGAGCAGAAAGAGCCCAGGAGGGGCCUGUUCCUUUACUUCUUGGGGGAAACGCAAUGCAUGGCCUGACUUCUCAUGACGGGAAAGGCUACUCCACCUUCUCUGUACUCCUGGAGGGGAGUCUUGUUCACAUGUUUACCAGCGGCCAGGACAAGGAAGAGAAAAGAAAUGAGCCGUCAGACUGCUACAGCAUUACCUACCGGUACCUCGAAGUGUCCACCAUCCCAGAGGGUGCCUGCCCUGACUGGCACAACUGCAUCCAACAAUGACUUGGCGAGUCUUUUUGAGUGUCCAGUCUGCUUUGACUAUGUGUUACCACCCAUUCUUCAAUGUCAGAGUGGCCAUCUUGUUUGUAGCAACUGUCGCCCAAAGCUCACAUGUUGUCCAACUUGCCGGGGCCCUUUGGGAUCCAUUCGCAACUUGGCUAUGGAGAAAGUGGCUAAUUCAGUACUUUUCCCCUGUAAAUAUGCCUCUUCUGGAUGUGAAAUAACUCUGCCACACACAGAAAAAGCAGACCAUGAAGAGCUCUGUGAGUUUAGGCCUUAUUCCUGUCCGUGCCCUGGUGCUUCCUGUAAAUGGCAAGGCUCUCUGGAUGCUGUAAUGCCCCAUCUGAUGCAUCAGCAUAAGUCCAUUACAACCCUACAGGGAGAGGAUAUAGUUUUCCUUGCUACAGACAUUAAUCUUCCUGGUGCUGUUGACUGGGUGAUGAUGCAGUCCUGUUUUGGCUUUCACUUCAUGUUAGUCUUAGAGAAACAGGAAAAAUACGAUGGUCACCAGCAGUUCUUCGCAAUCGUACAGCUGAUAGGAACACGCAAGCAAGCUGAAAAUUUUGCUUACCGACUUGAGCUAAAUGGUCAUAGGCGACGAUUGACUUGGGAAGCGACUCCUCGAUCUAUUCAUGAAGGAAUUGCAACAGCCAUUAUGAAUAGCGACUGUCUAGUCUUUGACACCAGCAUUGCACAGCUUUUUGCAGAAAAUGGCAAUUUAGGCAUCAAUGUAACUAUUUCCAUGUGUUGAAAUGGCAAUCAAACAUUUUCUGGCCAGUGUUUAAAACUUCAGUUUCACAGAAAAUAAGGCACCCAUCUGUCUGCCAACCUAAAACUCUUUUGGUAGGUGGAAGCUAGACACAUGAAGGUAAAUAAAAAGAAAGGCUGUUAAAUACAGGAAACAGUUGCAUGUAGUAACACUAAUAUAUUUAAAAAUAAGUCAACAGUAAACCACUGAAAAAAUAUAUGUAUAUACACCCAAGAUGGGCAUCUUUUGUAUUAAGAAAGGAAGCAUUGUAAAAUAAUUCUGAGUUUUGUGUUUGUUGUAGAUUGAUUGUAUUGUUGAAAAAUAGUUUGUUUUUGCGUGGGAGUGUGUGCGUGCGUGGGUGUGUGCGUGUUUGGGUUUUUUUCCUUUAACUGACAAGCCAUCUUGAGUGGUCAUGGGCCACUGCUUUUCCCUUUGUGAGUCAAUACAUAGUGCUGCUGUGUGCUUUUUUUGUGUGUGUGUAUUUGCUAAUUUUUAUUAAUUUUAGUUUUUCAUUAAAUAAAUUUGACUUUUCUGUAAUUCAGGUUUUUCCUUUUUUUGUACCAUUUUAAAGUUAGUAUCUUUUGAUAUGCAUAUUUGUUUAUGGUAAAAAAUUUAUAACGUGUUCAAUAUUUUCUUUUCCCCCAUUAAUCAGUUCAUUAGAAAUAUUUUAAAAUCAGCUAUUUUGUGAAGCCAUGAGUUUCAGAAAGUAAAGGUGACAUCGGAAAAAUGAUCAAAAGCUAUUUAAAGCAUCUAUAAGGUGCUCUCUUUCUGUCUUCUACAGAUGAGUCACACCUUUGAGCUUAAUCUUUGAAAGGUUAGAGAAUAAAUUGAUUUUUAUAAAUACUGCAAAUCAGGCUUUUGUUUCCUUUUUCAAAUAUCUUGGACAAAUCACAUGUUUUAAAAUUUGUUCUUGUAUUUAUUGGUUUUGCAGAAGAAGGCAUCGUCAUGCACAGUAUUUGUAAUUAAAAGCAAAUCAUUUGUUUAAGAAGGCAGUUUGCAAAAAAUGUUUUUGGUCUUUUAUAAUUCUCAUUAAAAGAAUAUCUGGCAAAUUAAAAAAA